AUGCAACAUCUCAAAGGCAAGCUAAGGGGCGAAGCGGAGCGGCUCAUACAACAUUUGCAUAUUUCAUCUGACAAUUAUGACUCUGCCUGGAAGAUAUUAAAUCAUCGGUACGAUAACCGUCAAGUACUUUUCACCAAACAGAUGGAAACCCUACUCAAUCAACCUAACGUUCAAAAACAAAGUUCCAUGGAACUGAGACGACUUCAUGACACUUCUAUGGAGUGCAUACAUGGUAUAUACAACAUGGGUAUCGACACUUCGUCUUGGGAUCCGGUAUUUGUGCACUUAAUUGCAAAGAAAUUAGACACCGUGACGUUCAGCGAUUAUAUGGAGGCAAGAAAAUCACCACGCGAUGUACCAGACUUGGACGAAUUCAUGAAAUUUUUGGAAGCAAAAUUUAUUGCAUUGGAGCCGAUGAAUAAAAAAGAAAAGGAAUCGGUAUCAAAAUGUUCAUUCAAGACAAAUUUUGCACCGAAGUUCAAGCAAACCUACAAUUCUAACAAACCUGCAUUUGAGAAGCGAAACACUUCAUACAAUAAAACAUUUCAUGUUUACUCCAAACCUGCAAUUACAUGUCCUAUUUGCAAUAAAAAUCAUAGAAUAUAUCAAUGCAAAAUAUUUGUGAAUAUGACACCGGACGCAAAACUUCAAGCCGUUUCAAAAUCAAACAUUUGUAAAAAUUGUUUAUAUGUGCAUAAAUAUAGCUGCAAUUCCGAGAAACGCUGCAAAGACUGCAAUAUGCCACAUAAUACUUUAUUACGUGAGGCAAUUACUGCAAUGAAUAAGGGAGCAUCGACCUCGAACAAACAAAAUUCCCUGCAGAACGUGCAUGCUAAUCACGUGGCCGGUGAUGAUGACGAAAUAUUACUUGCAACAAUUCAAAUGCAAUUACGGGCGGCGGAUGGUACUUACACCACCAUGCGCGCACUUCUCGACCAAGGUUCGCAAACAACCCUCAUAACAGAGAAUGCAGCACAAAUACUAGGGUUGAAACGACAUAACAUACAUGCAUCUGUAUCUGGUAUAGGUACCUCCCCUAACAAGUGCAAAGGAAAAGUCGAACUGCAUUGCAAAUCACUCUUCAACAAUUAUGAAUUCACCACCGAAGCAUUAGUAAUGACAAAAGUCAUUAACCGUUUGCCAAGUAUGACUUUUAAGAAAAAACCGUACGCGCACAUCCAACAUCUUCAGCUUGCAGAUCCGGACUACAAUAUAGCAAGGCCGAUUGAUAUUCUAUUGGAUGCAAAAGCCUACGCAGAAAUCAUUAUGGAUGGGCUGUUAAAGAGUUCAACCGAUCAACCAAUAGCACAACAGACGCAGAUGGGCUGGAUUUUGUCUGGUUCAAUAACAAAAUCAUUCAACUGUCAUGUGGUGAUCAAUAACAUCGAAGAUAUCAGCAAUUAUUGGGAGUUGGAGGAUAUCACAGAGACAAAAAGACAGUUAACUAAGGAUGAACAAUUCUGCGAAGACUACUACACCAAAACGACACGUCGCUUAACAAAUGGGACAUAUGAAGUGAGAUUGCCUAUGAAAGAAGGCUUUGAAAAGCAAUUAGGCCAAUCGAAGCCUACGGCCGUUGCACAAUACAUGCAAUUAGAGCGCAAGCUAGCGAAGAACCCACAGCUAAACGAAAGUUAUCAUGCAUUUAUAAAGGAAUACGUUGCCAUGCACCAUAUGAAAAUCUGUACAGAUAAAAGAAGUACAGAAUGCUAUCUUCCACACCACGGAGUGUUAAAAGAAGAUUCUACCACCACAAAAUUACGAACCGUUUUUAAUGCAUCGCAACUAACAUCGUCUGGCUAUAGCUUAAAUGAUUUGAUGGAGUGCGGUCCUAAGUUGCAAUCCGAUCUGCAGCUAUUGUUAUUGAGUUGGCGAGGUUACAAAUAUGUUUACACAACGGACUGCGAAAAGAUGUACCGUAUGAUUUGGCUCCAUGAGGAGGACCAACACCUCCAAAAGAUCAUCUGGAGAGAUCAACACAAUAUUCUCAGAGAAUAUCAACUUUGCACUGUAACAUAUGGUAUGAAAGCGGCCCCUUUUCUCGCUAUUCGAACAUUGCAACAAUUGGCAAACGAUGACGCAUCAUUGUAUCCGUUAGCAGCUGACGUUCUGAAAAAUAAAUUUUAUGUGGAUGAUCUUUUACAUGGUAACAACAGCAUAGAAGAGGCAAAACAAGUCCAACGACAGCUCAUCAACAUGCUACGCGGAGCUGGUUUAAAUUUGAGAAAGUGGUCCAGCAAUGAACCGAGCCUCCUUGCUGAUUUAACUCAAGAUCAAAUCAGUUACAAGAGUGUCAACUUCAACGAAUCUACAUCAACAAAAGCUCUAGGCCUGCAUUGGCACCCCCUUUGCAUUUGA